AAACCUUCUCCUCCGCCAGUUUGCGGUGGUUUUGAGUUUUGGAGCGAACGCCGAAGCAGGAUAUAAUGACGGAGGAGCUGCAGAGCGCUCUCGAGAAUCGCGGCCUAACCGUUUCGAAUCUUCCAGACAAAGGCCGUUGCCUCCUCACCACCAGAGACUUCUAUCCAGGGGAGGUAAUCAUAAGCCACGAGCCCUACGUGUGCGUCCCAAACAACUCCGCCGAUCACUCCAAGUGCGAUGGUUGCUUCGAAUCCAGUCUCCACCUCAAGAAGUGCUCCCGCUGCCGGGUCGUCUUCUACUGCUCCGCGGCAUGCCAGAAGUCCGAGUGGAAGCUGCACCGCGUCGAAUGCGAAGCUCUCUCGAAGCUUCCAAAGGAGAAGAGAAGGGCCGUCACGCCCUCUCUCCGUCUCAUGAUCAGACUCUACUGCCGUUCAAAGCUUCAGUCUCAGAAGGCUAUUGCUGUUUCUGCUAUGGAUAAUUACGGUUUGGUGGAGGCAUUGGUGGCUCACAUGUCGGAGGUCGACGAGAAGCAAAAGGUGCUGUAUGCUCAGAUGGCUAACCUUGUCAGCUUGAUACUUCAGCGGCCCGAUAUCAAUAUAAAGGAGAUUGCUGAGAACUUCUCAAAGCCGCAGAGUUCAACCCGUGUAGGAAAUGUUCAGUGGAAAACCUAUAGCAGUUAAAGUACUUAAGAAAUUUAUGUAAAGAAUAUGAUGUCGAAGUGUAACGUCAAUUUGGCAAGUCCUCAACUCAACCUAUGCAAGUCAUCAUGACCUACCAA